AGUGACAGCUGUCCAAUAGGCACCCUCAGUGCUAGCACGGUUUGCGGCUUAAGCACUGCCGCGGUCUGAGGAAUGUCAACUAUUCAACAUGGAGGCGGAGGUCGAUAAGCUGGAACUGAUGUUCCAGAAAGCUGACUCUGAUCUGGAUUACAUUCAAUACAGGCUGGAAUAUGAAAUCAAGACUAAUCAUCCUGAUACAGCGGGCAAGAGAAAUCCAGUUACACUCUUAAAGGAAUUGUCAGCAAUAAAGUCUCGAUAUCAAACUUUGUAUGCCCGCUUUAAACCGAUUGGUAUAGAACAGAAAGAGAGUAAGAACCGCAUUUGUGCUACUGUCAAUAAGACGAUGACCAUGAUACAAGAACUACAAAAGCAAACAGAUGUGGAGCUGUCACCACUGACUAAAGAAGAGAAAACUGCAGCAGAGCAAUUAAAAUCUUUUGUUCAGACUUAUGAAGAAGUGGACUUGCAAAAGGGAAUUCUAAUGGAGAGGAGAUCCAUUCCAGAAAGAUUUAAGAAGAUGUCUUGUUAGCACUCGAUGACUAGAGGUGGGGGGAUGGAGAAGGAGAUUUGGCUUGGGAACUGGAUAGUGAUGCCUUUCACAAGAGAAGGUCCUAUAAGAAGGGCAGAUAUUAUAUGAAUAAAGUUCAGCCAAAAACAUGGAAUGGGAAUAAAGGGAUUUAAAUGUAUGUAUGUACACACAGUCUUAUUAUUUCAGACAAGGAAGUCACGUAACACUAUUUUGCAUUUGUUUUUGUAUAAUUGGGAGAAAAUGGAUGUCCUGGCCUAUCAUAAAAGGAUAUUUAUGUACUAUUGGUCAGUAGAUAUGAAUGAGCAUGCUUUGGAAAUUAACGGAUAGAAAAAAUAUUUGUAUUAUAUUAUACAUUAUAUGUAUAUAAUUUUAUUUUUGAAAAGUUUUGAUUAUAGGUAAUGGUCACAUUAUUGGAGACUGCUAAUAUGUGACCUAAAAUCCUCCACAAAAGCUAACAUUAGUAAUAAUAAAUUGGCUUUUCUGUGACA